GGGAGGCCGAUGUGCUAACCAGUCGCCCACCGUGCCACCAUUCUCUAACGAAUAUUUCUUUACUUUAUUUGAAUGUGCCCUUUUUAAACAAGUUAGAGAAGCGCAUUAACAAAAGCACUCUGGUGAAAUAAAAAAAAUAAAUAAAUAAAAUUAAAGCAAUGCCUCCUUGCCUCAAAAAUGGUUUGUUCCACUUGAUCGCUUUUUGCACAGGUGCCUUCAAAUAAUAUCCUGAAAGUACAGUUGUGGUGUAUGUAGUAAAUGCCUGUCUUAAACCUGCCUAAUGUGGAACAUUUCGUACCUUUUACCACUCAGUACCUUGACAACGCUCUAUUAUAACAGUUAUCAAUGUUGCUGCAUUUAAUUUCAGUUCACAGUUUAUGUUGUUCGGUAGAAGUUAGCUGACAUUUUUGUUUCCAGCCAGGAAAAGUUUCGAAUGGUGAGAGACGGCAGCACUCUCCUCAGCUUGAAUUGGAAUGGGAAGCUGUUGUAAAUAUCCUGUAAAACAAUCGAGACAAGGUGCUACUGUCGAGCUAACUGGUUGGAUGCCCAUGACCGAAAAGUCUUACACUUCUCUUUCAUAAAUCUGGCAAUGAAAUUGCGUUGAAAUAUACAAAUGGUUAAAUUGAUCUCAGCUUCCUGGGAGAUCCUUUCCCCUAAAAGUCUUACCCUAGAAUCGCCCCUGGUGUGGACUAUAUUAGACAGCAAACCCAAGAACACUUAGUGACUAAUUUAUUCUCGAUUUGUAGCUCGAGAUACCUUCGGUUACUGGUGUCAUGAGAAAUUUGAACAUAGAAAAUAUUGAAUGGGGAAAUUAACAGUGCUAUAGAAAUAAAAGGCUUCGUAUCUUGCACCAGCUGCGUGACGCCAUCUUGCCCACUGCCAGUGGAAAGAAAAGCUAAUCCCAGUCAUGCUGUCAGUCGCGUUUGACAAGCUGUCCUUUUAUGAAUGAGUAGUUUUGGCCCAUCAGGAGUGUCGGUGUUGGCGUGAAAGCCGGCAGCACAUCCACGGCUUGGACAGGCAUAGCAAAUAGAUUGGUUUCACCGAUCGGAUUAGCCCAGAAGCCAAGUGGUUGCAAAUGGAUGCCAUUGUUGGCGCAAAGCCGAGUGGGGCUGUGUGGCUUGCAAUUGUUCUCUGAAGGAGUGUGGGUAGUGCAAGGUGCAUCGCUUUGCUACGAUUGGCCCCUAAGGCUGAAGAAUAAGCUUUUGAGGAGAGGCCCGACUAGAAAGAAAAGGGACAUUUUCACGACUGAAUUUCAGUUCUCCCUUCUAAAUAUCUUCCAUCACUCAGUACAAUCUUAUGAAGUGCUCCUACUGUUUCUUUUGGAGGAGUCAGGCGCAGGAAUCGCAGAGAAAAAUGAACAGCACUGCACUCAGAUGUGACUGAGUGCACCGACACACCUUGUUUUUUGGCCCGGAGCCCAUUUAGUCUGUAAAAAUGUCAACAUAAUUUAUGCCUCGAUAUGAGGGUUUUUUUUUUCUUUCUAUCUUUCUUUCAAGGAUAGAAAGGUGGCACACGGCCAGGACAUGCUUGCUGUAUGUGGCGCUUCUGGUGAGCUCGGUGGCAGGAGGACACAAAGAAAGGAGCAAAGAAGCAGCCUUUACGUACGCCAUUAUCGCGGCCGGGGUGGCCCACGCCAUCACCGCCGCCUGUACGCAGGGUAACCUGAGCGACUGCAGCUGUGACAAAGAGAAGCAGGGUUUCUAUAGCAGGGACCAAGGAUGGAAGUGGGGAGGCUGCUCUGCGGACAUCAGCUACGGCCUCGGCUUUUCCAAAGUGUUUAUUGAUGCCCGAGAGGUCAAGCAGAACGCCAGGACGCUCAUGAACCUCCAUAAUAAUGAGGUGGGACGCAAGGUCUUGGAGAAGAACAUGCGACUGGAAUGCAAGUGUCAUGGCGUGUCGGGCUCCUGCACCACCAAAACCUGCUGGACUACACUUCCCAAGUUCCGCGAGCUUGGCUACAUUCUCAAGGAGAAAUAUGCCCACGCAGUGCACGUGGAACCGGUCAAAGCCAGCCGCAACAAGCGCCCCAAAUUCCUGAAGAUCAAGAAGCCAUAUUCUUACCGGAAGCCCAUGGAUACAGACCUGGUGUACAUAGACAAGUCCCCAAACUACUGCGAGGCGGACACGGUGACGGGCAGCUUGGGGACGCAAGGGCGAGUGUGCAAUAAGACUAUGAUGCAGCACAUCAGCGGCUGCGACUUGAUGUGCUGCGGCCGCGGCUACAACACGCAUCAGUACUCCAGAGUGUGGCAGUGCAACUGCAAGUUCUUCUGGUGCUGCUACGUCAAAUGCAACACGUGCAGUGAGAGGACAGAGGUGUACACGUGCAAAUGAGAAUAUUUAUUGGUGCUGGCGUGCGUGUGGUCGUGAACACGCGUGUCUCUUUGGAUCUUCCUGCGGCACGAGCAGAAGCCACUGGUGUGCGCACUUUGGGUUGGUUGGGAUGCAGAGUGGCCAAACACCGUUAAGGGGUAAAACUGCACACAACUGAAGCACAAAGACUUGAAUCUACACGGACACGUACGGUAGUGGGGACGAGAAAUGGAAUACGGCGCGCGCGAUGCCUAAGCCGCGCAUACUGCUGUCUGUCACGCAUGGUAUAACUCAUCCAUGUGGAAUAUUUAACAUACUGUCUUUUAUAGAAUGGAGAUAAUUAAUAUUAAUUUAUUGGAUAAGAACUACUGAUUUUGUCCAUUAUGGGUCACAAAUAACUCCAUGUUGGGAGGGCUUAGUUUAUUAAAGGGACCAGAAACUGUUAACACACUGGAUUUGAAUCCACCUGGAAUCCGUCAUAUUAACUCGUGACCCACUUGUGUCUUCCCUCUGUUUGCUGCUAGUCCCGAGAAUCCCAUUAAUUUUUUUUUUGUUUAGGUCGGAGCUUCAAAAACACAGGCACAUUUUCCACCUUUGGUAAAUAUUGGUUCAUAGAGUAUAUUUUGUAAGAGCCUAUUUUUGUAUGGAUGUUUUUAUUUAUAUCUGUUGCAUAAUAUUCAACUUUAAGCUCGGACACAUGUCUGUAAAAUGCUGAUAAUGUACGUUUGCCCCUGUUGUCACUGCCGUGGUUGUGUAGUGUGAGUUAUAGAAGCUGCUGUUUACUGCAUUUCAUGACUACUACUGAUGGAAUACAGGCGCAGAAUAACACCAA